GGCAAAACAGAACCAACGCACAGCACAACAAUGGCAAAACGUCACAGAUGAGACUUUUGUUCUCCAAAACCUUUCCUUUGUGCGUCCCAGCCUCUAACUCUAAAGUUUCCCUUGUCCAUUUUCACCACAAACGCAAAGAGGUAAUCUCUUAUUCCGAGGCUUGGUUUGUCAAGGUUGUUUCUACUCUCUUUGUUCGUUCUCAGUCCCUAAACACUUUCUUUGGUUAUCUCAGCAAGAAAUUGACUCCUUCAAUUUCAUUUGAGGUCAUUAAACGGCUAAACAAUAAUCCAAACUUGGGUUUGAAGUUUUUUGAAUUGAGUAGGGCCAAUUUGAGUGUUAACCAUAGUUUCAGCACUUAUAAUCUGCUCAUCAGGUCCUUAUGUCAAAUGGGAUUUCAUGAUUCUGCUAAAUUUGUGUUUGAUUGCAUGAGGAUUGAUGGCCACUCGCCUGAUAACUCCACUAUAGAGUUUUUAGUUUGUGUUUUUGCGAAAGUGGGUAAGUUGGAUAGUUGUGAGAAGUUGCUUGAAGAGAUUAGGGCGAGUAAAUUUGUUUACAGUAGUUUGUUCAAUGUGUUGGUGAAGAAUAACAAAGUUUAUGAGGCUGUUUGCUUGUUCAGAAAACAAAUUGGUUCGCAUUUUGUUCCGGAUACUUGGACUUUCAACAUUCUAAUUGGAGGUUUGUGUGGAGUAGGAGAAGUCCAUUCGGCUUUCGAAUUUUUCAAUGAUAUGGGGAAGUUUCGGUGCUCUCCAGAUGUUGUUACUUAUAACACACUGAUAAGUGGGUUGUGUAGGACUAAUGAAGUUGAUAGGGGUUGUGAUCUCCUCAGGGAAGUUCAGUUGAGAGGUGAUUUUUCACCCAAUGUAAGGACUUUUACGUCGGUCAUAUUGGGUUAUUGCAAGUUGGGUCGGAUGGAGGAGGCCUCCGCCCUUUUUGAUGAGAUGAUGGAUUCUGGAACUAGACCAACUACAGUCACUUUUAAUGUUCUCAUUGAUGCAUUCAGUAAGGUCGGUGACAUGGCUUCGGCAAUUGCCUUGUAUGAGAAGAUGCUAUUUCACGGAUAUCGUCCGGAUGUUGUCACUUUCACUUCUUUAAUAGAUGGCUAUUGUAGGGUUGGGCAGCUGAACCGGGGUUUAAAGCUUUGGUGCGAGAUGAGUGUAAGAAAUGUGUCUCCAAAUGGCUAUACUUACUCUGUUGUUAUCCACGCUCUAUGCAAGGUUAAUAGGCUACAUGAGGCUCGUGAUUUGCUGAGGCAAUUAAAUUGUACUAACAUUGUUCCGAAACCUUUUAUGUACAAUCCUGUAAUUGAUGGAUUUUGCAAGGCAGGAAAUGUUGAUGAGGCAAACAUGAUUGUGGCAGAGAUGGAAGAGAAGAGAUGUAACCCCGACAAAAUGACGUUUACCAUUCUUAUACUUGGGAAUUGUAUGAAAGGGAGAAUGGUAGAUGCAAUUGGUGUCUUCUACAAGAUGUUGGCUGUUGGUUGUGCUCCGGAUAAGAUAACUGUACAUUGUCUGAUGUCUUGUCUUUUGAAGGCUGGGAUGCCUAAUGAAGCGUUUCACAUUAAAGAAACUGUAAUGAAGUCUCUAAAUGUUGGUAUGUCAAGCUUAAGAAGUAAUCAUAUGAGAGCAAUUGCUGAGAUACCAAUGGCUGUAUAGUUGGUUGGCUACCACAAUGUGCACCUCAUAAUGUUGGUCCCUUCAGUUAGACAAGACCCUUCAAAACUUGUACCGAGCAAGAAAAGGAUGCAUUUUAUGUGAGUUGGAACAUCGCGAUAACCUAAUUAUAUUUUUUGAACUACUUACAAUACAACUUUCAUCCAUUGAUUUCUUAAAUUUGUAUUUCUAGUGACUUAUCACAAGGAAAAAAGAGAUUUGUUAUGUUCUUGUUUAUGGAAACUCUAUGUAGCAUCAGCAAUUCUAUGUGCCUAUAGGUGUCAUUUUAUGAUGCGCUGAAUUCAUGCAUCAACUAAUGUACCACUAUUUUUUAGAACACCAGUGUUCAUGAAAAAUAUUAUGAAGUACCUUAAAAUAUCAUGUAAGAUCCAGCUUGU